UCCCCGACGCGCAGCGCGCAGAGGCAAGACGCGCUCGGCUAGACUAGAGUCUCUCAGGAGGACCUUCGGAUCCCGCAGGACCGGACGGACCGCCGCUCUUCCCGGAGCAGCUGCUGGAUUUGCCCGAAGCUCUCGGAUCGUCUCGGGAGCCUUUUCCCGGAGCCUUUCGCCGGAGCCUCGGACCGUCGGCCACAGGCCGGGCAGCCGGAGGGCGGACUUUCCACGCCGCGGCCCCCUUUCCCCCCCACCCCCCCUCGCACUCAGCCGUCCCAGAGAUGGUGGGGCACCUACAUCUACAAGCUAUGGAUGAGAGUCUGAAAGGAAAGAACCGGGAGGGGCUGCUCGACAGUCCGGACUCCGGGUUGCCCCCCAGCCCCAGCCCGCCCUUCUACUCGCUGUCCCCAGCUCUGCUGGAGUCCCGGGCGGCCAGCUGCGCCCCCCCACCGGAGCACCACGGGCCCUGCAGGAAGGAGGGCAGAGAAGGCAAGCUGCUGCCCUACCUGCUCCUGAACUCCCCGGGGACAGAGUCCAAGGCACGCAUGUUCCCCGUCAUCUUUGGGGAGAGCAUCGAAGUGAACCCACGGCCAGGACAGGAGAUCAGGUGCAACUCGGAGGUGAGGUAUGACUCGGACCGGCACUACCGCGACCAGGUGUACUGCGUGCCAGUUCCCACGGUUACGAGCUACAGUGAGACGGUGGUGGCGGUGCGCGACUGCACGUGGCGCAGCUACAAGUCUCAGGUGUGGCUGGAGCCGCGGCAGCGCCCGCUGCACUAUUGCAGCGCCACCAUCGUGUUCCCGAAGCACGCCAAGAGCUCGUACCGCACCACGCUGCGCUGCGGCAGCAUGAGCCCCAGCCGCCGCUUCAUCUCCAGCGUCCAGCUGCAGUCCAGCGAGGACGCCGGACCCUGCAUCAUCUACACCGAGGACCUUUAAAGCCGGCGGGCUGGCGGGCGGCCUGGGAAGUGCGGGCAGGAGACAAGGACUGCUGGAAUUCCGCCUCUGUCCAAACGCGUGGGAAAAUGGGAACUUCUGUCGCGCACGUGCUCAGUUGGGCGCGUGUGCCAGUCUGUGCGUCCGUGUUUACAGCCUACCCAGUACUCAUAGUGCACAAGCGUGUUCUGAUCUCAUCCAUCUGUCCGCUCGCCAACUUCUGUAUUCCGUCCUUCUGAGUCGCAGCUUCGGAUUAGAUGCCGUAGGGAAGAGAAUUGUGCCUCUUGUGUUCAGCGGCUGCUAUUGUAGCCCUGUUCUUCGCUACACUUGCCGCAGCUGGCAGGGGGGAGCUGCUCACUUCAUGGCGGGUUGGGGAAGGCAGCAUCUCGUGUCAAGUUGGAUCCCGUUUCCUCAAUUCGGUGUCAGGAACUCGAAGGUCAGGUGACAGUUCUGAGUCGAUGUGUAUCCGUGUGAUGCGAGUUCUACAAGGGCGCGGAGGACCAGGGUUGGGGAUACGCGUACUGGUUGUUCCGGGCGGCAGCGCCGUCACUCUCGUUCCAGUCGAGACGGAUCCGCUGGGAAGCUUCAUCCAUGUCGACAAAUAAGUUCAGAUGUGUGGUCGUCUGAGUCGGACGGCAGCUCUCUGCUCGCUCAAUGCUUCGUGGCCUCCACCCCCCCACAUUGUAGCGCUGUGGAUUUCCGAGGAUUACGGCAGAACCCAGAGCUGCACGCUCCUCACUGCAGCCGUAACGGAGGUAACCGUCCAUUUUUGCCCAUAAACCCUGCGGCACCAAGCACUCAGCGAUCAAAUGUUAGCAACUGUUAGCGUGUGCGCUAGCGUGAUAGCUGGCACGUUCCAGAACUUGCUGCUGCCUUGAGGGAGCAGGUCAGCCGAGGUACGGUUGACACGCAUGCAGAGCUAUGUAGAAGCUGGAUUGCUCUCGCUCUCAAAAUGUGCUUUUUAUUACCCCGCGCCGGAUACACAACGCCGGUGGGGAGGAGGCUGAGCACACUUGCAAUAACAAGCACUUUGAAAGGUUGGACCAAAGUCUUCGUAUCGCCAGGAAGUCCCGUCUCGGCGGUUCGCAGCAACUGGGAAGUUUCUGCCAAAGCUGCCGUGUUGGCCGAUCCAUCGGCUCUGUCCGUAACGUGGACCGGGACGUUUUUUGUGUCCUCCGUUUGUCAAGAAUAUUGCUGCAGCGCUUCCGGGAGGUGGCGGGCAAAUUUCGUAGGGAGCGGUUCCGGGAGACGGGCAAGUGGUCAGACCUCUGUUUACACGAGCCGGGACUGAAUUCGCAGAGAAUGUGGACCGAAUCCAGACCAGGCAGGAGGACAGGAAGUGGUCGGAGGAAACGCGCAGUAAAAAUGAGGUAGCGCCACUCGCCGCGGCUGCCAAUCGGUGCCGGUACCGCUUUACGCAACAGGAAUCUCCAGCCGCUUUCGUAAGAACGCUCACCGAGAAGCGACGAGGGCUGCAGCGGAACGAUCCUCGCGAGCUCCGAUACCAGUGGACGGAAUAUUGCGAGCGACAAAAAGAGACAACAUUUCCGCUUCGACCGUUUCGUAUUCUUCCUUCGUGCCUGUUGUUCAGAGCUCUUUUUCUUUCACGUCGGCGUGCUUCCGCUCUCACGUAACGCAACAUGACCUGCCAGUUAUUUCUAUUCUAGGAAAACAGUAACCCAUGAAACGGUGUGAGCGGGCGAGUGAGAGAGAGACAUUUCUACCUCGGGAAAUAAAAGGUUCAUGUGCGCAAGAGAAAUAGUUGAGCGAUGAUGUUUCCAGGAAGCCUUGUGCAGAGAGCAUGCUGGGAAGUGGAAGGAGAGAAUCUUAUCUGGUAUGUUGACCAAACUGGAGAGAAAGGAGUUCUGAGCGAUCAGACAAAGUUAACGCCUUUGGGCAAACUGGCGUUCGGAAACAGAAGUCCGACGUUCCUGCAUUUUCACGUCUGUCUCCGUCGCCUUUGUGUGGGAAGGAAUCUGGGGGAAGAAGAACGUUCUCAGACACAUGGGGGGGGGGGGGGACAGCCGUGGAAAGGCCGUAAUGGCUAAAGCAGGAUCGCGGCAGUACGGCAGGCCAGACCUCCGUCCUCCUCUCUUCCGUGUGUCGGAGCAGAUGUUCGUUCGGAAAGCGGGGAGGGAAAGGGCUUCUGGGCCUGGCAGGCGUGUGUGUGGCGUGCUGCGGUGGGCCGUGGGGGCGUGUCCGCUCUGCGGAAGGACACGUGUUCCCAGGUCUCCGUUCAAGGCCCAUAUCAGCCAAGAGCCGGGCCUGCGGUGCGGUGCGUCUGCUGUCUGUGCUCCGCGACCCAUCCUUCCCCACGCGGACCUGUACAGUCCAGGCCUCCGUCCAAGCAAAGUAAACAUGAUCUCAGCUCCUCCCGUCCACAUCCGAUACGGCUAAAGCGGAGAGUCGUCCUCAUCCCUGUCCUGUAUUUUUAGGACGACCCCGAUACACGUUUGCCGUACUCCAUUCUGAUUGUCGGUCUUCUAUAUCCGGGCUAUGAAAAGUUUCAUAUUGGACCUGUACUUUAAUUCUAAACGGUUUCUUACCUCAGUUACCUUGUUAAGAACACAUCUCCGCAUCUUCGCUUGCCUCUUACAGCAGUUUUUAAAAAAAAAAAAAAAAAAAAAAAAAAUCUUUUCUUAAAUAUCUUCGGUUACACUUUGAGGCCUCGGCUGAGCCGCUUCCUAUGAGCGGAAAGCGGUUCAGAGGGAAGCUUGGGGGACGUUUGUGAAAACGGGGACAAGAUGUUGGACGCGUUGCUCGGAGGGAGACGCGGCGAUCCGAGGCUUUGAGCAGAACGGUUUCAGAUGGGUCGUCCCACUUUGAAGGCUCGGGGAAGGUACCUUUAAUUUGGCUUACGAUUACGGCUCCGGCAAACAGCGGCGUCGCCGCAGAGAUCCGCGGUCCUCGGCCACUAAUGACGGCAGAUGAAAGAAGCGGGUCAUUAUGACUCGGGCUGAGAGCAAUCUGCCGUACGGCGGCUCAGGGACGAUCGGCGUGGCGACGGCAGCUGGAGAAGCGAUGGUUUGCGCUGCGGAAACCCAUGUGUGGAGUCUGGUGUCGACGGUGUGUGUAAAGUUGUGUGAGGAGAACGCGAGAGAUGAUGGCGAAGGAGGGAGGAAACGGAUCAACUUCUAAACCGCUUGGAGCUUCUGGUGUCAAUUGGCCUGUAGUAUCUGACACUGCUUUUGUUUCCGAACCACGAGGGGGGUGUUCUUGUAAAAUACUUUCAUGUUGUAUAUGUGGCAGUAUGGCACUUCAUAUUUCCCUUUAUAUUUUUGUAUAGAUUUUGGGGCAAUGCUUUUUUCUUGAGAAAAUAAUUUAAAAAGAAAUGUAUAUCUCUAUUAAAAAACCCUAAAAUCCAA